CCAAGAGCCACUCUCACCACCUCCCACUUCUGGCUUCCGACUAGCGACGAAACCAUGAAAGUGAGGUCCACUGGAGGCGACGGAGAAGCCUUAUGUGUAGCUGAAGAGGAACCUGUUGGAGAAGAGGAGGAAAUGCCAGCAUUCCCAUGCACCCAGAAUGGUAAGGCAGGGCCCAGCUGUAGCCGCUGUCAGAAGAACCUGUCCCUGCACACAUCCGUGAGAAUUCUGUACCUCUUCUUGGCCCUCCUGCUAGUGGCUGUGGCAGUGCUGGCUUCACUGGUUUUUAAGAAGGUGGACUCUCUCUCAGAGGAUAUCACCAUCACCCAGUCAAACUAUGAGAAGAAGAUUGUUACGGUGCAGGAAAACCUCCAGGAACUAGACCAGAAAGCCCUAGGCAAUUGCUCCUUCUGCCAUGACACGGGACAGUUGGGACAAGAGAUUCACAAACUUCAGCAGGAGCUGGAGGAAAUCCAGAAGAUGCUUCUUGUCCAGGAGAUUCAGCUGGACCAGACAUCUCAGACGCAUCAGCAGCUCUUCUCUACCAGCAAUCAAAUCACUGCCGUGGUAGACAGCUGCUCCUUCUCCAUCCACCAGGUCAACCAGACUCUGGGGCAAUUCCUGGCUCAGGUGAGGGGCUGGCAGGCUGCCAUGGCUGGACUGGACUUUUCACUAAAGGGACUCACCCAGGAUUGCUAUGAUGUUAAGGCAGCCGUCCAGCAGAUUAACUUCACGGUGGGGCAGACCUCGGACUGGGUCCACAUGAUCCAGCGCAAGACAGAAGAAGAAACCCUGACCCUGCAGAAGAUGGUCAGUGAGUGGCAGAACUAUACCCGACUCUUCAGUGGCCUGCGGGCCACCUCAGCCAAGACAGGGGAAUUGGUCAAAAGCAUCCAGACCAGCCUCAGUUCUGCUUCCCAGCGUAUCAACCAAAAUUCUGAGGGCAUCCACGACCUGGUGUUGCAAGUGAUGGGCCUGCAGCUGCAGCUGGACAAUGUCUCAUCCUUUCUGGAUGACCAUGAGGAGAACAUGCAUGACCUGCAGUACCACACACGUUAUGCCCAGAACCGGACUGUGGAGCGUUUUGAGACCCUGGAAGGCCGUAUGACUUCCCACGAGAUUGAGAUCAAUACCAUUUUCACCAACAUCAAUGCCACAGACAACCACGUACACAGUAUGCUCAAGUACCUGGACGACGUCCGGCUCUCCUGCACGCUGGGCUUCCACACUCACGCCGAGGAGCUCUACUACCUCAACAAGUCUGUCUCCAUCAUGCUGAGCACCACAGACUUGCUAAGGGAGCGCUUCAGCCUGCUCCGAGCCCGACUGGACUUUGACAUCCAGAACCUCUCGAUGGUCAUGGAGGAAAUGAAGGCUGUGGAUGUCCAGCAUGGAGCAAUACUCCAGAAUGUCACUAUCCUAAGAGGUAUCCCUGGACCUCCAGGACCAAGAGGACUCAAAGGCGACAUGGGGGUAAAGGGACCUUAUGGGAGCAGGGGUCCCAAAGGAGACAAUGGCACUAUGGGCCCCCCUGGUCCUCAGGGCCCUCAGGGUCAGCCUGGUAAAGCAGGGCCAGCAGGUGAAAGGGGACCCAUUGGCCUCAAGGGUUUCCCAGGCCUUAAAGGAUCUAAAGGCAGCUUUGGAUCAUCAGGACUAAAAGGACAGCCAGGUCCCAAGGGUGAUAUGGGACCCCAGGGACCAGAGGGACCCCCAGGUUCUCCAGGUCCACCAGGACCCCAGGGUAAGCCAGGGAUUGCUGGGAAAACAGGGGCACCAGGCCAGGUUGGGCCUACAGGUCCAAAGGGUGACCCUGGCAUACAGGGUCCCCCAGGCCUCCCUGGGCCUCCAGGGCUUCCUGGAAACCAGAGCCCCUACUGAAUAGAGUCCAUUUCCUAGAAA